GAGCCGCUGCGGGCCAAACGUCCUCCCGCCCGCCGGCCGCGCGGCAGCCAUGGGGUCGCGGCGGCGGCUGGAGGCGGUGCUGGAGGCCCUCUACGACCUGGGUGAGGAGCCCGGGGCGCGGGGAGCCGCCGGGAGCAGCGGGGCGGCGGCGGCGGAGCAGGAGCACCAGCAGCAGCAGGAGCAGGAGCGGCAGGAGCGGCAGGAGCAGGAGCGGCGGGCAGCGCAGGCGGCGGCGGGCAGCGCUGGCGGGGCAGCGGGCGGGCGGCGCGGAGCCCGCGACUUCUUCGGGGAGCUGCGGGCCGAGCUGGGCGCUGCCGAGGCCGCCCCGCCGGGCCCCGCCGCCCCGCCGGCCGUGGAGGUGGUUGUGUUCCGCGGGAGGAAGAGGACAGGGCGGCCCGGCCCCGCGGCAGCGCCCGCCGGCGGUGCGCAGACCAAAAUAGUGGAUGAAGAGAAAAAUGGGAACAAGCAAGAAUUUAACUUUGAAAAAGCUCGUCUGGAAGUGCACAAGUUUGGCAUCACUGGCUACAAGAAGCAGGAACAACGUAUGUGGGAACAGGAGCGUGCGAUCAUGCUGGGAGCUAAGCCCCCCAAAAAGGAACAUGUAAACUACAGGACUUACCAAGAGAAAAUGAAAGAGAAAAAAAUGGCGAAGGAUGACGAUAAGGGAAAGGAACAUAAAGGUGAUUCUCUUAAGAAGAAGAAGAAAGAACAGAAGGACAGGAAGGCCAAAAGGAAGAAAUCAGUGCCUAGCAUUUGGCCUGCAGGACAAGUUGGAAAAUUCAGAGAUGGGACUUUGAUUCUGCAACGCUAUGACAUAAAGAAAAUUAAAUCAUCUAAAGUUAUCAAAUGAACUUCUGAUACAGAGUCAAAUGGACAAUACACGUAAGAUGGAAUUCAUGGUGCUACCAACACAAACUUAUGGAGCUUCUCACCUUCCCACCAUUAUAUAUUUUUUUUUUACCUUAUUUCUUGUUGCAGGAUUUUCUGUAUUCUGUUCUGCCUUGGGAAGAGUAUGAGAAUUUACCAUUUUAAAAAUAAAAAUAAGGCUUUUUAUUAAGAA